UUAUUAUUAAUAAUGUUGAUACAUAUUAAACUAGCCUACUCAAAAUGAAGCCAAGUAGAGUACCUGGUUUAAAAAUAUAGUACUGUACUGAGGAACAGAAAUCAAAAUCGUAUAUGGUACACUGCAACGCUCAAGUUUCGACAUCUGGGUAACUAAGCUGUACUAAAAACUUAUAAUAAUAACAAUAAUAGAUGGAUGGAUUUAUAUAGCGCAGAUAAACGAGGUCUCCAUGUACUUGGGACUAGAUGUUGCACUUUUCAAUAGCUUUCUCCUCCCCUGAGGGUCACUUCAUGUCCACCGCAGUCCACGACAGGGGCCGAGUGAACCAGUACACCAGAGUAACCCCCUACUUAACUCGAAAGAUGUACUGGGUUCUUGCACAUGAGCAUUUGUGUACACUGGGCCUACGGUUUAUAGUCCUUAUCUGAGAAAACUUGUUCUACCACCAGAACUAUAGGAGCGAGCGGGCCGCGAACCUGUGCCGAAAUUGUUGGCUAUGAUCAUGGUGCCCCUGCCUUAACCGCUCGGCCAUUUGGCUCACUCAAAAUUAUGUUAAACUGAGGGCACCAUUGAAAAUGUUGCUUCCUAUUGGCUAAAUCUACGACAGCCAUCUUGAUGGCACACACACGCAGCUUUGCAUGUUUAGAACAUUGAAUGCAUUGGAGUUAGCCCUCUAAUAUUCUUAUCAUAACUCUAUAGUUACACCAUUACAAAAAAGUUACAUAUAAGAUGACCUUUGGGAUUGACCAUCGAAAACCCUAAAUACUGGCACAUGAACUAAAUUAUGUCAACUGCUUUCACAUAAUAAUUUCAUUUUAAAAGGCUUACUGUACAUUGUUUGAUUAUGGCAGUGAAGGCGGCGCCCCAGGAUAACCCUACAUGUCUGUAUCAGACCCAUAAUAUUGACAUUGUGAAUAGUGAUACUGAUAGUGGUGGACCAAUUUUGUUUCAAAAAUAGAUCUCAAUUGCUAUUUGGGCCUGCAUUUUCAUACCUUUUUAGAAAAAACAACAAUUGUUAAAAAAUGAAAUUGGUGGUAUGUGGGUGACAAAUUGUGUUAAAAAUUUUUUUUUUUCUAAAGUUAAAAAUUUCUCUACAUUUCUUCUUGUAAGUCCUCUGACAGUCAGUGAAGUUUUAGGGGGUUAGGUAGUACAACGUCUCUCCCCACAAAAUGUCAGCCAGUAUAACUUGUUUAGAAACUGACAUUUGCCAAUAACAUCAGUGAAUUCAAAAACGUGUUCUGUGUUGUCUGUGAUGGUGAAAUUAAGCAAAUAGAAAAAAAACUUUGUUAAAUUUAUAUUCUAGGUCCAUACUUUAGUUGUAUUAUUAAUACUAUUUUCAAUUUCAAUAGGAUAAUUAGCAUUUACCUCCUCAAUUAAAGUUGUUUAUCAAAAUUGCAAGUCUAGAGCCCUCUUCUCGGCCCUCACCAGUGUUUAAGUGAAUUAUUUUUUGUUUGGUAGCAGAUCAGUUGGCAGUAGCCAGUGCUAUUGAGAAGGCAAUGCAAAUUUCUCCAGGAUUUACAGACAAUGUUUGCAUGGUAAACAAUAUGGUUCAAAGCAGUAAUGGUACUACAAUUGGAUGUCAAUUUGUCAACAGCAAUAUUACUGACUCAGUGAUUAACAUAUUUAAUAACACAAUUCAAUUACCUGCUACACAAGGUAAUCAGAAGUAUCCUGAACAUGUGAUUUCAUUAGACCCAGAGCACCAGGAGCAGCAAAGACGAGAUUUAAUUAUUAAAGAUUCCUUGACUAAAAGGCAAAAGCAUUUGUAUCAGGAAGUGAAUCAAAUGACACCAACCAUCUGGCAUGAAGAUCAUGAAGUAGAUAUUGCAGAAGUAUUCACUGAACUCAUCUUAAUGCAAUCUAAAAAAGAAGACAAAGAAUCACAAGCCAAGUCAACAUCUAAACAAAAGAAAGGUAGACCCACAUCUUUAACAGAGGUAUUAGGUGUCAUUAAAUCAAGAGAAUCUUGUAAGGUAUUAAUAACAGGCAAAGGAGGAAUGGGUAAGACUACACUCCUUAGAUAUAUUGCCUAUCAAUGGGCUACUGAUGGUAUAGAUAAUGCUUUUGCUAAUAAAGUAUUGUUUCUGAUAAAUAUUAGAGACCUAACAGCUGGUGAAAAGUUUUUAGACAUAAUUAUGAAGGAAAUUGAUUUGAAAAAAUUAAUAUCAAAGAACAAAUUGCCACCCAAUUCCGUUGAAGAUUUUCUGGUCACCCAUGCUGAUGAAAUAGUGAUUUUGUUAGAUGGAUAUGAUGAGCUAGAAAAAGGUGCUAAAGAUCCAAUACAUCUGUUCAAAGGAAAUGAAUUGAGUGAAUGCACCGUGUUGAUGUCAUCCCGACCUGACAACAUAGGUAAAUUUUUCAAAUGGUGUGAUAUACAUAUUAAAGUAUUGGGGUUCAGUCCAAGAAACAUAAAGAAAUAUAUACAUAAGCAUUUUGUUUCAAUUGGUAAAGCUGAAAUCAGUGACUCACUUGUUAGGGAGUUUGGACUUGAUAAAUAUGUAGAUGAUGGUGAUGAUAGUUAUUAUUCUGAUAAUUAUAGUGUUUAUGCAAAUGAUAAAUAUAAUGAUGAUUAUUUUAAAUGGUAUUAUGACGAUGAUUAUUUACUUAUUGGUAAGGAUCUUUUGUUUGGUGAUGAUCACAAAGAAGCAUUUGAAUUGUGCUCAUCUCCACUGUUAUUGCUUAAGAUUUGUACCAUAUGGGAAGAGAAGCAAUGCCUUCCUACAGAUUUGUCAGAUCUUUUCAAGGAAUUAUUUUGUUCCAUUUUAAAUCAAUAUCAAAAUAGAGGAGGCAAUGAAAGUUCUAUUUCCCAGUUUGAGAGAAUUCCAGAGGAAUACAGACAUGCCAUUCAAAUAUUAGGAGAAUGUAUAUAUGAAGGUCUAAAGGAAAAUAAACUGUCCAUUGACAAAUAUGUUUUGUUAAAGAAAACAAAGGAUAAACAUUUGGUAUGUUUAGCACUGGAUUUUGGAUUUGUUUAUAAAGAGAGCCCUGUUUACCCAGGUGAUGUAAGAGAGAUUUACACUUCCCCGCAUAAAUUAAUUUCAGAGUCACUAGCAGGAUUUUACCUGUUUGAACAAAUCCAAAAAGGGAGCUUGAAAGCUGAAGAAUAUGAGGUGAUAAGAUGUAAUGAGUAUUUACAAAUGACAAGAGUAUUUACAAUAGGAUUUCUUGGUGCAGAUGCUUGUAAAUUGUGUAAACAUUGGUUGAUAAUCAGGGCCUCAAAUUAUUACUCUAUAGCACAAUGUUUGAGAUAUGUAAAAAAGGAGUUUGAAGACCAUGUACUACAGGAAUUGGAUAAACAAAUGUCUAAUGAAAUGAAAGAACGUUGUGAGCAAAUGCAGGAGUCUGUUAAAAGUGUUCUUGAUGAUGAAGACACAUCAAAUGUGCAUUUAUUUACACUUAUGAAAAAAUAUAAAUAUCUUCAUUACAUACAGGUAGAUAAACCAUUUCCUGUGAUAAAUACAUCCAAUGAAGAAUCUUUAAGAAAUUCUUGCAGAAAUAUUGUACACAACACAGUUGUACUACCAAGGGUAUACAAAACACAACGGUUUUUAAGAUAUAUUUCAGAGUGUGAAAAUAAAGAAAUCAAUAUUCUAUCAGCUGAGAUGAAAAACCUACAUUUAACAUAUAAUCUCACUAAUAUGAUAAUAGACUUCAAUUGUAGUUCAUCAUUUUUGGUUCAUUUCCUGAAACAUGCAAAUAACCUAUCUAACUUGACUAUGAAUCAUUUUCUUACAGCAUCUGAAUUUAGUUUAGUUAUCAAUGAAUUACACAAGGCACAUGUAAAGUUGAAAUUAACAUGUCUUGAUAUAAAUGAAAAUGACUUGGCUUCAAUCAGUGGAAGAACAUUAGCUUGCCUUUUAAAGGUCUGUAAAGACCUAAUUUUUUUUGGCAUGAGGCAAUGUAAUUUAUCAGGUAGUAUUAUUAAUGAAAUGAUGGAUGAAUGUCAUAGGAUGAAUGUAGUAUUGAAAGUGAACAUGCUGUCAUUGAGGGACAAUGACCUUUCAGAUAUUAAUUGUAAAUCACUUGCUGAGUUUUUUAGGGUGAUUUACGACCCUUAUACCUUCAGAUGGCGUGAUUACUCACUUACAUCUGAUAAUCUUGAAAAGCUGGUUGAAUCAAUAUUUGAGAAUGAGACAUUAAAUUGGAAAAGGAUAGACAUGAGUAAGACUAACCUAUCUUCAAUCAGUGGAAGAACAUUAGCUCGCUUUUUAAAGGUCUCUCCACACCUGAUCUAUAUUGGAAUGAGCCAUUGUAAUUUAUCAGGUAGUAUUAUUAAUGAAAUGAUGGAUGAAUGUCAUAGGAUGAAUGUAGUAUUGAAAGACAACAUACUUACAUUGGUCGGUAAUGAUCUUUCAGAUAUUAAUGGUAAAUCACUUGCUGAGUUAUUUAGGGUGAUUUUUAACCCUUAUUACGGGUAUAUCUUCACAUGGAGUGAUUACUCACUUUCAUCUGAUAGUCUUGAAAAGCUGGUUGAAUCAAUAGUUGAGAAUAAGACAUUCAAUUGUAAAAGGAUAGACAUGAGUGGGAUUAACUUAUCUUCAAUCAGUGGAAGAAAAUUGGCUCGCCUUUCAAAGUUUUUUCCACACCUGAUCUAUAUUGACAUGAGUAAUUGUAAUUUAUCAGGUAGUACUGUUAAUGAAAUGUUGGAUGAAUGUCGUAGGAUGAAUGUAGUAUUGAAAGACAACAUGCUUAGAUUGAAGGGCAAUGACCUAUCAGAUAUUGAUAGUAAAUCAUAUGUUGAGUUACGUAGGGUGAUAUAUGAGGAUACUUGCAUCUGAUCAUCUAGAAAAGCUGGUUGAAUCAAUACCGUACUCGCACGAAUAUUCGCCCGGCCGCUUCAAAUUUUUUUACACAUUUACUCCAACGGGGCAUUUAUUCAAAGAGGGCGCUUGUGUCUUGUGAAAACAGAAUGGAAAUUGAAGGGACGCUAAGGCUAUAUGAAAAUAGAUGAGGGGGUUUUUAUGGGAACUUGGAAAAUUCAAAGGGCACUUUUUGAAUGAAAAGAGAGAUUAUAAAGGGCAUCUAGAAACUGAAGAUAAACAAAUGGUUCUGAUGCAGAAAACAUAAUCGUCCAGUAUUAAUAUUAUACAACAAUAUGUCUUUCUAUAUUCUUCUGUUAAUUUUCUACUUCCCAAUCAUUUUUGCCAUAUUUUUAAGUCUAAUCUCUCUCUGCACGAACAUUUCACUCAAUCCAGGUCUUUAAUUCAUAUUCCAAAUCAUAGGACAAAUUUUCAAUUUAACAUUCGAUUUUCUGGUCCUAAGUUAUGGAACGACCUACUUCUCUCAAUUGUUAAUUAACAUUCAAUAAAAAAAUUUUCAGCUAAAAUAUUAAAAAAAACACUUUAUUGCCAAAUAUCAAUAAUUCUCCUAUAAUCAUUUCUUCCCAUUCUAUUUCUUGUGAUUUGUCGUCUUGUCUGUGUUGUAUGUCUUUUCUGUUUCUGAUGCUUCUUGUUUCGUUUUACUGUACUCUUGUCUCUUGUUUCCAGGCUGGGCCAACACAAGGUUAUUGCAACCUUCUCGGGCAUUUGCCUUCUUCCCUUCGCAUUAUGUGUAUGCCAAUUUAUUAUUAUAUUCUGCAAUAUUAUAUUCUCUACUAUAUAACUUACUUUUCAUUAUAUGUUAUGUUUCAAGGAAGUAAAUAAAUGUUCUUUUGAAUUUGAAUUUGAGUAUAUUUGUCUGAAUUGUGGGCUUACUAAGAUGACAAGGGGUGUAACAACUUCCUUGAUUUGGAACGGAUACUUCGCAACUCCUUAUUUAGGAAACAAGCGCAGGGGAGAGGGUUGGUGAGCAUUGAUAUUAUGAAGAUGAGUAUAGUACUUGACACGACUCCCAAGGUAGACGUUGUAAACAACUUCUUUUAAUUCUUAAAAGUAACAGUUAUUAAUUCAAAUAUUUUUGAUUAAAUUUGUAUUAGCAGUGGUGUCAACUUCAGAGGAGUGCAUUAACAGCAAUUUCCUACAGUUGUCCCACACCCAGUCUAUGCCUACUGGCAAAGUCAAGUACCACAUAUAUGUGACCCUAGCAAUGAAAAUCCGUAUCAUUGUAACAAAGUUAUCUGCCUGUAAUUUGCCUUUUGUUCACAGUAGAACUGCAAGUUACAAAUUAUAAUCAUGACAUUAUUUUAAGAUACUGUUUUAGGUUUCAGGUUUGAAAUAACCAUGCAGAACAAUUUACUCCAUUUAUAAUUAACUGUACUCUACUCGAUGACCUCAACUUUUGUCAGUGAUUAAUUACCACUCGAUGCCUGCGGGCACAAGUAAGAAUCCAAAUCCACAAAAUUUUGGAUUUUUUGAAGUAGCCUUAUUCAAUUCAAUUUAUUGACGCUACAAAAGCCAUCAAGGGCUAUUAUCUGCAAGUAACAAAACAAAAAACCGGAAACUUUUCUUAAAUUACAACCACCCCCACUUGUCUUGUUCAGUUAUGCAGGAUUUAGUAAUUCAAGUUGUUAAACUUCAUGAAAGUAUAACUCGCCUGUAUAACACUUAAUAUACGGUAAAUUUUAGUAUAUAAUAAUGCCUUUGCAUUCGCUGACAAUGUCACUGACGCUGGGAACAGUCACAAAAGUAGAAAAAGUGGGAGGGCCGUUCAUAUUCUUUUGCAGGGAUGUCAUAAAUUAAUUUGAUAAUCAAUACUUAAUGAGACAUUGUUGAAGUACCAUAACAUUACAUGAUUUCCAACUGACUCUACACUAUCAAAAAUUAUUUAAAAAUAACUGAUAUGUCCAUAUUUGGGUUUAAUAUGAUAUCAUCUUGUCCAUAUGGGUAUCAUCAGACCCAUAUAUGGGUACAUCAGAAAAAUAUGUCACAUAAACAAAAACAACUACUAAAUCAUAAAUGAGUAAAUAUGCUAUGAUGAAGUAUGCAUUGUGUUUUAUAUUAUUUAAUACAUUUAGUUAAUUCUGAAAUAUUUUUUAUGUUUUAAAAAAAAUUAUCAUUGAUAUUUACUGUAGCUGCAAAUCUACAAUGAUAUUUUGAAAUACAACUUGAACUUGUGCCAAACAUGUGGUAACCAACAAAAGAAUGAAACACUACAAGUAUAUGGAUUGAUUGGUUUUUUGUUGCAUCAUCCAGCCGAUAUGUGGGCAUAUAUCACACAAGUUUGUGAAUUUCAUACAACAUAAUAUAAAUCUGAUAUCACAAUGCUUCCGUUUUGUAGGUAAUUAUUUAAAUCCCAGUCAAAACUAUAAUAUGAUAAAUGAGUAAAUAUCUUAUGAUAAAGUAUUUUGUGCUUUGUAUAAAAUUCACUUGGUUCUUUUUGAAAUUUGUGGUAAUUUUUUAAUUUGUGUCAAAAAUUUGGUAAACUGCAACAAUAGAAAACAUUGACCGGUAUAUUAUGGCUUCAGUAAUUUUGUUUAAUGUCUGUGUUCUAGAUAUUUUAUCUUCUAAAAGAAAUUUAACCAUACUGUAUAUUCAGUGUUUCAUGUGCAAACAGUCUGCACACCGUCGUGUUGCUUCUGACAGUCUCCAUCUUGUGUCAGAUUACAAAAAAACAAAAUGGCUGAAGUUGGUCAUUUUUAUAAUUGUAUAUUUAUAAGAAUUUAUAAGUCCUAAUGUUACUGUAACCUAAAUCAUGAAUAUGAUUCUAUGGAAUGAGAUUAUGAUUUGUCACCCAGAGUCCCUUAGCAUUUGACAGACCAAUAAUAAUUUUUGACAGACCACAGGUUGUGUAAAGCUGACCUAAAUUAUGAAUAUGAUUCUAUGAAUGAUCUGCUUAUUUUACAGAAUUUGUCAUUUACACAUAGGGAUAUCAAAAAAUAUAUUAGGCCCUAAAUAAUUGUUAUUAAAAAUAUAUUCAAAAUUGUAUGACUGACUAGAUAUUUUCAGGUCAUGCAAUUAUAUUUGAUUGGUUUGAAAUUGGUUUUUUUGACCUUGAUCUGGAGUAACACACUCAAAUGCAACCUAAGAAGUAAUUGAUAGAAUGAAAAAUCAUUCUAGAUUCAUUAUUGUGGUUUAUAACACACAAAUAGGUCCUUGUUAUUUGAUUGGUAGAUUUUGUAUCAUGUGACAUUAGGAUAUUUACACCCUUUAAUUUCUUAUGAAAAUUUCGUUUCAUCCAUGCA